ACCAAUCAUAGGUUGUCUUUCUUCAGCUGGGUUGGGGAAAAAACUCGCCUGUGUCAAUAAGAAACAUGGCUUUACGGGAGCUUUCGUCGCUGGAGAAAUUUUUAGAGCUUAAAAAGCCGAACAAAUACAGUACCCAAGGAGAUAAAAAGGUACCUGUGCUACAGAGCAGCGAUGGACCUCCACUGGUGGGGUUAAUUACGAUAGCCUGUAACCUAGUCAAAGAGGCGAAGCGAUCUGAGUUGUUGGGCGACUCUGCAGAAAGCAGGGCUGUGGUGCAGCAGUGGCUGGAGUACAGGGUCACAAAGCUUAACAACUACAAUAAAGAUGACAUCAGGACCAUCCUGAAGGAUCUCAACCUGUAUCUGCAAGACAAAACCUUUAUGGCCGAAAACCAGUUCACUUUGGCUGAUAUUCUCAUGUACUACGGAAUCCAUCCCAUCAUCCUGGACUUAGCCAUGCAGGAGAAGGAGCAGUUCAUGAAUGUGACACGAUGGUUUGACCACAUUCAACAUUACCCCGGUGUCAGACGCCACCUUCCUCCAGUAGUUGUGCUCAAGAACAGAAUUUACCCCUCCAGGCACUAAGACCACGGUCAUCAGAACAACUUCAGUCCAAAUUGUCACCAUGUCUUUUAAAGUUGCUACAUCUCUUAGACGUGUGAUUCCUGUCAUUAUAUCAUCUCCUGGUCACAUGACUAAAAUCUAAGGAAUUAAAAAUUGUUUAGCAAACAGUUAAAUUAUUAGUUUGACAAAAUAAUCAAAAUGGUCAUUUCACAGCAACCAUGUGAGGAUUUGUGUCUUAACCCUUUACCAGUGCUGUGGGAACAAUGAUGUGAAAGUUUUAAGGGUGUUUUUUCUAACCUUGUUUUGCAACUGCCGAAAGCCUUAAACAUGUUUGUGCAAGGGCUGUUCAUGUCACAGUAAAGGGAAGAAAAGUGUUGCAUGUGUGUUUAAAAGGUGUGUCUAUUUAUGAAUAAUAAAUGAAAAAAAGUCUAAUCUGAGCCAUUAGUGUUUUACAAGUAUUACAGGUUCUUAGGAAAUUCGAGCAGAUGUUGUACAACUAGCUGAACAUCGUGUCUGAGUGACUGUCGCUUUGUACCAGGUCAAUGCAUUUUCUCACAACUGUCUCCUCAAAUAAAUGUGGUUGCUGGUUCAACAACCAAACCCA